AAAACUCAAAACACCAAAGUAUCAGUUCAGCCCACCAAAGCAACAAAUGUCAAUAAACAACUGAAACCCACUGCUUCUGUGAAACCAGUACAGAUGGAAAUGUUGGCUCCAAAGCGUCCUUCUCCCACACCUGAGGAUAUCUCCAUGAAGGAAGAGAACCUCUGCCAAGCUUUUUCUGAUGCCUUGCUCUGCAAAAUUGAGGACAUUGAUAAUGAGGAUUGGGAGAACCCUCAGCUCUGCAGUGACUAUGUUAAAGAUAUCUACCAGUAUCUAAGACAGCUUGAGGUUUUGCAAUCCAUAAACCCACAUUUCUUGGAUGGAAGAGAUAUAAAUGGACGUAUGUGUGCCAUCCUGAUGGACUGGCUGGUUCAAGUCCACUCCAAGUUUAGGCUUCUGCAGGAAACUCUGUACAUGUGCAUUGCUGUCAUGGAUCGAUUUUUACAGGUUCAGCCAGUCUCCCAUAAGAAACUUCAGUUGAUUGGGAUUACAGCUCUGCUCUUGGCUUCCAAGUAUGAGGAGAUGUUUUCUCCAAAUAUAGAAGACUUUGUCUACAUCACAGACAAUGCUCAUACCAGUUCUCAAAUCCGAGAAAUGGAAACUCUAAUUUUGAAAGAACUGAAGUUUGAGUUGGGUCAACCCUUGCCACUUCACUUUUUAAGGCGAGCAUCAAAAGCUGGGGGAGUUGAUGUUGAACAGCACACAUUAGCCAAAUAUUUGAUGGAGCUGACUCUCAUUGAUUAUGACAUGGUGCAUUAUCACCCUUCUAAGGUAGCUGCGGCUGCUUCCUGCUUGUCUCAGAAGGUUCUAGGCCAAGGAAAAUGGAACUUUAAGCAUCAGUAUUACACAGGAUACACAGAGAAUGAAGUACUGGAAGUCAUGCAGCACAUGGCCAAAAAUGUGGUGAAAGUAAAUGAAAACUUAACUAAAUUCAUCACCAUCAAGAAUAAGUAUGCCAGCAGCAAACUCCUGAAGAUCAGCACGAUCCCUCAGCUGAACUCCAAAACCAUCAAAGACCUCCCCUCCCCUCUGAUGGAGAGGUCCUAG